AUGCCUGGGGUUGUGAAUUAUAAAUCAGUGACAGGUCCAGUGGGAAUUGUAAGAUUCUUUGAAAUCUUUCUCUCGUGUACAGCUUUCAGCCUGGUCGCCCACGUGAGGCAAUACAGCGGAUCUUAUGGAGGUUGGUGCAUGUUUUCCUGGUGCUUCUCAUUCACUGUCUCAGUUCUGAUUGUCUUGCUGGAGCUGACAGCCCUGAACUCAAGGAUUCCGAUAUCCUGGGAUGACUUCACAGCUUCCUUUGCAAUGCUUGCUACACUGAUGAACUUAACAGCCUCAAUUAUCUACCCAACCAUUUUCCUCACGCCCAACGUUCAGGCCGGCGAAGACUUUAAAAUAGCUGCCACUGUCAUGAGUUGCUUGUGCUUUGUUGCUUAUGCGAUCGAAGUUGGCCUUACCCGGGCAAGACCUGGUGAAAUCAGUGGAUUUUUAAAGACUGUUCCUGGACUCCUGAAAGUGUUGGAAGCUUUCAUUGCCUGUAUUAUCUUCGUGAUUAUCGAGGGCUCGUAUCACGUCAAUGCCGGGCGGCAGUGGUGCAUGGCUGUGUAUUGCAUAUGCUUCAUCAUCACCUUUUCCAUUAUCAUUCUAACCAUAGCAAAACUCAUUACAAGGCUACCCUUUCCAAUUGAGAGAUUUUUGACAGUCUAUAACAUAAUGGCUGUAUUAAUGUACCUUACUGCAGCAAUCAUCUGGCCAGUCUUUUGUUUCAGUGAACACUAUGGCCAGCCAACCAGACCAUCCUACUGUGGCAAAAGCCACUGCAAAUGGGACAAUCAGGUCAUAGUAACUGUGUUAACCUUUGCAAAUCUUAUUGUAUACAUUGUGGAUCUGGUUUAUUCUGCCAGGUUAGUGUUUGUAUCUCAAGCAUAG